CCCCUACCCUCCCUCAGUAAAACUAACAGUAGAUAUCCCCUACCCUCCCUCAGUAAAACUAUCAGUAGAUAUCCUCUACCCUCCCUCAGUAAAACUAUCAGUAGAUAUCCCAAACAUUUCCUUAGUAAAACUAUCAGUAGAUAUCCCAUACCUUCCAUCAGUAAAACUAUCAGGAGAUAUCCCCUACCCUCCGUCAGUAAAACUAUCAGGAGAUAUCCCCAACCCUCCCUCAGUAAAACUAUCAGGAGAUAUCCCCUACCCUCCCUCAGUAAAACUAUCAGGAGAUAUCCCCUACCCUCCCUCAGUAAAACUAACAGUAGAUAUCCCCUACCCUCCCUCAGUAAAACUAACAGUAGAUAUCCCCUACCCUCCAUCAGUAAAACUAUCAGUAGAUAUCCCCUACAUUCCCUCAGUAAAACUAACAGUAGAUAUCCCCUACCCUCCAUCAGUAAAACAAUCAGUAGAUAUCCUCUACCCUCCCUCAGUAAAACUAUCAGUAGAUAUCCCCAACCCUCCCUCAGUAAAACUAACAGUAGAUAUCCCCUACCCUCCCUCAGUAAAACUAUCAGGAGAUAUCCCCUACCCUCCCUCAGUAAAACUAACAGUAGAUAUCCCCUACCCUCCAUCAGUAAAACUAUCAGUAGAUAUCCCCUACCCUCCCUCAGUAAAACUAUCAGUAGAUAUCGCCUCCCCUCCCUCAAUAAAACUAUCAGUAGAUAUCCCCUACCCUCCAUCAGUAAAACUAUCAGGAGAUAUCCCCUACCCUCCCUCAGUAAAACAAUCAGUAGAUAUCCUCUACCAUCCCUCAGUAACAAUCUGUAG